UCCACUCACCCCUAUCAGGGAGCACCUAUGCAGAAAGGGCAAGGCUUGGGAAGGUCAGGUCCCAAACUCUGGUCCCGCCUCAGUAGUCGAGCCUCUUUUCUUGUUAUCUUUGCUUCUCUGCUCUGGUUCUUGCCUCUAGUCCAGUCCUAGAUCCUCAGCUCUCCCAGUUGCACUGUCACCUUCUUCCAGGGUGCCCAGUCUCCCUGGUGCAUGGGUACCGCCUCUGGCAGACAGGCGGUAGGUGUGAAUAUCUACACCUCGGGCUUCCCUCCCGCGAUAGAGGUGGACCCUAAUUUGCAUAUUACCCACCCUUCAUUUGCAUGACCUCUGCCAGGCUGUGACCCUGGGGUUUGGCUGGGACAACAACUACAUGCUGCUCCUGAGCCUAUAUAAGGGGUUUGGGUCCCUCUGGAGCGGGCACAGCCCAGAAAGCAGCUGGGCCACAACCACUGAGAAAUAAUUCUGCUUGCUGGCUCAGCUCAGAGCGUGUCAGGACAGCCAGACUCUGAGUACUUCCUUAGUUCACAGACUCAAUCACCGUGCUCAGCGGGGAACCCAAUUUGCUCCUGUGAGGCGCUGGAUCUGCAGCAGGAUGACACUGUGGAAUGGCGUGCUGCCCUUUUACCCCCAGACCCAGCAUGCGGCGGGCUUCAGCGUCCCGCUGCUCAUCGUCAUCGUGGUGUUCUGCGCCCUGGCUGCAAGCUUCCUGCUCAUCCUGCCCGGGAUCCGGGGCCACUCGCGCUGGUUCUGGUUGGUCAGAGUGCUGCUCAGUCUGUUCAUAGGGGGAGAAAUUGUGGCCGUGCACUUCAGUGGGGAGUGGUUCGUGGGCAGCGUGUGGACCAACACGUCCUACAAAGCCUUCAGUGCCGAGCGUGUUCGAGCCCGCGUCGGCCUGAACGUGGGCCUGGUGGGCUUUAAUAUCACGUUAAGAGGAACCCCAGUGCAGCAGCUGAACGAGACCAUCGACUAUAACGAGCAGUUCACCUGGCGCCUGGACGAAGAUUACCACCGCGAGUACGUGCGCGCGCUGGAGAGGGGGCUGCCCGACCCGGUGCUGUACCUGGCCGAGAAGUUCACGCCCGGCAGCCCCUGCGGGCUGUACCGCCAGUACCAGCUGGCGGGACACUACGCGGCCGCCACGCUGUGGGUGGCGUUCUGCUUCUGGGUCCUCUCCAACGCGCUGCUGUCCAUGCCCGCCCCGCUCUACGGCGGCCUGGCGCUCCUGGUCACCGGCUCCUUCGCGCUCUUCGCCGUCUUCUCCUUCGCUUCGGUCUCCAGCGUGCCCUGGUGCCAGUUCCGCCUCGGCUCCGCCGCGCUCACGCCUGGCUACGGAGCCGCCUUCUGGCUCACGCUGGCUACGGGCAUCCUGUGCCUGCUGCUCGGAGGGGCCGUGGUGCUUCUCCACUACGCCUGGCCCAGCGGCCUUCGCGCCGUGCUGGACCAGAGCUCCCCGGACUGUGGCACCCAGGCGAGGGCGGGCUCGUCUCUUAUCCUCAGCAACCCACUGAAUCAGCAGUUCGCACCCCCGGACUCGAAGAUCACCACUAAACUUUGAAGGGCACCCACCCCUGGACUCUGCCCCACUGCGGACUUCGCGCGCUGGCGGACAGUGGGCGGGGGACCCCGAGGGGCUCCAGGAUGCGGCACCCGGGACUGGCUGC